AUUGUGUCAAUUAGAAAGAGAAACAAUAGCAGAGCUCCAACCAGCGUAAACAUACGAUAAAAACCAAAUUAUUUCAACUUACCGCAUUUGAUCAACUCCAACAUAAAUGGUCCGAAUAAAAGAGCGCAGCUCACAAAAUGGCCCCCUCCAAGCUGACCGUGCCAAAGCUCGAGAUCAACUUUGACACUCCGAACCGGGAUCGCUUUCUGCGGGAAGAAUUUCCCAAUCGGCAGUGUUACACGGUUCUGGGCCGAGGAAGUUACGGGGUCGUGAUAAAAGCUCAGUACAAAGGCAAACCGGUAGCGGUGAAGAUCGUGGAAAAGCAGCGAAAGCAUCGCUGCCGGUACGAUUCGCUGCGGAAUGAGUCCAACAUGUUGAACCGAAAGCACGGUAAUAUCGUUAGAGUUCUCAAAAUCAUAUCCGGAGCCCAGUACGGACUGGUCAUUAUGGAGCGCUUCGAUGGCCACUGUUUGCAGAAUAUAUUAAAUCAAAAUUAUGUUAUCACCAUUUACCAUCAGUUGAUGAUGGUAUGUGACAUCAUCAAUGGUCUGUGCUUCUGCCAUCGUCAUCAUAUCGUGCACCUUGAUGUGAAGCCUCAGAAUGUGAUCGUUUGUCUGCUGAAAGCGGGCUGUCAGUCCGGCGGGAGCCAAUGCACUCACGUAAGAAAGUACACCUGCAAGUUGUGCGAUUUUGGAUCCUCGAUUGUUUUGAACGAGUUUAAUCUGAACGAAAAGUCCAGCCAUCGGGGAACGAUUCGUUACAUGGCACCGGAAUUACUUCGUGGAAUGGGCAACAUAUCGGAAGCAGCCGAUGUUUACUCGCUUGGCAUCACUAUGUGGCAGCUGAUCGAGAGAAGAGAUCCGUACGAUUCCAUUAGCUCGAACGAAGCCGUUGCGUAUAAUGUGGUUAAAAAGAAGUUGCGUCCCGAUAGUGUAACGGCCGCCGACAUUCGUCAAUCGCCACCGGUUACGAUUCCACAGAGAAACAGUGCUCUGCUGCAGGUUCCCGUCUUUGCCACUCGAAAAAAUAGCGAUAGUUUGUUGGAACUCAGUCGAAUGAAUAUAAAUCAAAAGGGAAACUCGAACACGAGUCUCCGCAGCAGUAUCUUCAUAUCCUCCAGCAGCCCAGGUGACCUGCGGCAGUCUAACGUCGAUUGCGCGACUGCCGCCGUUAGCGAUGUCCUGAAGCAGCAGGGUAUUGACCUGCUGGGUUCCUCCUCGACAACUGAACAGUGUUUAACCGAACUGGGUACUGUUGCGCUGGAUGCUAUUUUUGUGCCAUCCGUGGAUGUGCCACUCGCCGAUCAAAAUUACAUUCGACAGGAGUAUCGUGCUUUGUACAGGAAAUGUUGGCAGCACGAGGCUGCCCUUCGUCCCACCGCUAGUGUUGUCCGUUCCACCCUGCACGGCGUGUUGGAGCGAAUUGUUUGUUGUAAAUAGUAUGUAUAGUUUUAAGUUUUAUUACUUGGUAGCGCAGACAGCCGGUCUGCAGUGUUUUAGCAUGUUUUUGCCAAUUUGUUCUUUGUACCUAUAUGAUUGUUUCCUAGUUUAGGAAUGUGAUUCUAGCCAAUCAAAUGAUUGGAAAUUAUUGUAUAAUAAUACAUUACAAUGGAAUUGUCAGUGAAAUAAAGUAUUGUCAUUGAAUCAUCGUGAAUUAAUUACAUUCAAU